UAUUGUAUACAAGGUUUAUUUUGGUGCAAGUCUGUCCCGUGCUUACUGUGCGUAAUGGCACCAUUCUACUUAUCUACACCCCUGCGAGCUUUACUAAAGUCUUAUCGACUCUGGGCUUUCUGCAAAACGGUUCAGGGGCUCAGGGUAUGGGAAUUUAGACACAUUUCUCCAUGCACCUCUAUCGCAGGGUACAGUAGCAUGGAAGAGAUCCUCAAAAAGACAGUGGUCCCAUUACCCACCUAUGAGAUGAGAGACAAAUCUCCACCACCACCUGAAUCUAACAGUCUGGAGUUUAUGCACUUUUACAAGAGUCUCGAAAAAGAGCAGAGGCUAGAGUUUCUGGAAAAACUGUCGCGCGAUUUCGGGGUGGAUCACAGAAGAGUUACAGAUCUAGCUGGGAAACUUCUGCACACUCAGGUGCGAGAUGUGGCCACCAUCCUGCAGGUGGAGGACAGGUUACGGUACUAUUUGACACCCCGGUACAGACAGCUGCUGACGCACAUCAGCAAGGUUCAUGGCGGGGUGAAGUUUCUGGUGGACCUUCGGGCAGAUCUCAUAGACUUUGCGUCCUCCAAAAUUAGUGACAGACCACACAUGAGGGAUCUGAACAGCACUUUGAAGAGCCUUCUAUCAGAAUGGUUCUCAGUUGGAUUGCUCCGGCUGGAGAGGAUCACGUGGCAGUCACCAUGUGAGAUCCUUCAGAAGAUCAGCCAGUAUGAGGCGGUGCACCCUGUUCGGAACUGGACGGACAUCAAACGCAGAGUCGGGCCGUACAGGAGAUGCUACGCUUUCAUCCACGCCUCCAUGCCUGGAGAACCACUAGUGGUGCUGCAUGUUGCACUCACUGAGGACAUAGCAAACAAUAUCCACAGCAUUGUGAGAGAGUUUGCCACUUUGGACGCCAAUGAGGAUGUGAACAAGAUCAAUGCAGCCAUCUUCUAUUCCAUCUCGUCCACUCAGGCAGGACUACAGGGGGUGGAGCUUGGCAAUUACCUCAUCAAGAGGGUUGUCCGUGAGCUGCAGAGUGAGUUUCCCCAUAUGGCCCAGUUCUCCAGUCUGUCUCCUAUCCCCGGCUUCUCCAUAUGGCUUCAGGGAGCUCUGGCCCAGCACAAGAAGGAGGGCCAUGCCACAGAGCUCCUCUCUGAAGAGGAGUGGAGGGAUGUGGAGGAAGUGACGGGAGCCACCCCCGGGACCCCAGCUCUGGACGCCCUCCGAAGGCUCAUCAGCACCAGUGAGUGGAUUCACUCCAGUCGUUUGAUCCGCACUCUCGAGCCCAUCCUCAUGCGGUUCUGUGCCUGGUACCUGUACGGAGAGAAGCAACGGGGCUAUGCCCUAAACCCUGUAGCCAACUUCCACCUUCAGAAUGGCGCCACCAUGUGGAGACUGAACUGGCAAGCGGACACCAGCCCGAGAGGGAUUGCGAACUCCUGUGGCAUUAUGGUUAAUUACAGGUACUUCCUGCAAGAGACAAGUGCUAACAGCGCCGCCUACCUGCAGAACAAAGUUGUCAAAGCUUCGGAGCAGGUGAUAGGCCUGGUGUCGCAAUUUCAAAAGAACAGCAAACUCUGAGAACUCUAGACUUGAAAUCCACUGCUAUCAUUUUUGAAAGCUCUGAAAUGAACUGAGAUGACAAAGUGAAUCCAGGUUAAAGUGGGCUAAUACAUCAGCACAGAAUCAGCCUUAUACAAAUGCCUUGGGCUUUAUCAAUACACUGUCACGGCUUCAUUUGUUAUACAGAAAUUAUACAGUUCUAUUCUGUCUUUCUAAAAAACAGUACUUGCAAAGUUCAAUGUUGAUCUGAUUUAUUUUCAUUAUUCAGCUUGACGCUUUUGUGAUUUCAUACAGAGAUUUUGCAGUAAAAUGUAACCUGGACUUAUUUUUUGUGAUAUUCACCCCUAUAGAGUACCAGCAGCACUUCAGCAUGCCUCAGUUUGAUUAGCUGGUUUUGAUGUGGACUUGCGUUACACUUUGAAAGACUGGAGGUAAUGAAGCGAGGAGAAUCUGUUAGACCCUGUCAUGUCUUUGCCUUUUCCACGUGUGUAUAUAAGAGUGCAUGUCUGAGUGAGUGAGUGGAAACUGCUGGAAUAAAUGUUUUGAUUCCUUCAUUAGUGUGAUCUGAUUCGCUGUGAAAUGGUUGUCUGUUUGUUCACACAUGUCUGCAGUGUGCAUACAUUUUUAGAAUGUGCCAGCCAAAGAUUUUUUUUUUAAAUAUUUAUUGGGGUGACUUUUGGAAUUAAAAUUCUAAUUACCUUCCAAAACGGAUUCCUUCUUUUUGUUUCUAUUGUAAACAUUUCCAGGGUCCCUAGUCACAGAAAACUUAGUAAAUUAGUAAAAUCUCAAAAGUCACUCUACAUUUUUAUAGUCAUUGUAAUUAGUUCUGGACUAGUUAUGCUCUGUUGUAAAAUAUUUUAUUUGUUAGCUAUUGCUUGUGUCGAGUAAAACUUGCAAGCCAAAGUGGUCUAAUUUGUGAGCAAAUUGAGUCGGUUCUUUUCAGUGUCGAACUGGUUUACAAAUUAGUCUGAAUGAUUCAUUAGCAAAUUGGUCUAAAAUUAAAUUAUUUUUUAAUUACAUAUAUUACAUCAUAUGGUAUUAUUUUUGCAAUGGUUUCAGCCUGAUUUCAUGAAAAUUACAUGACUGUGGUGACAUUUUUGCAAUUAAUAUAACUUGGUUUAUUACACCCAGUGUUGGGUGUAUCUGAUUACAAAGUAAUUAGUUACUGUAAUCAAAUUACUUUUUAGUCCAAAAAAGUAGUGUAAUAAAUGUAAUUUUAAAUUCUUGUAAUCAGAUUACAGUUAAUGACUUUAAAGUAAUUUUAAGUAUAUUACUUGUGCUAAAGUAAUAUGUACAAUUAAUUUAAAAUAUUAAUUUAUAUAUACGUCUGUUAGCGUUUCUGUGACAGCUGUGCGACAAUGAGUGACGAGGAAAUAUAGCCAUUUUUUUUAUUUGAGCGGAAAACCAAAACUUUUUUAGGAAAAUUUAUUUAGAAAGUAACUUCAAAGUGAAAUAAUUAGUAUGCAGUUAAUCGUUAUCCUAAUAAUGAAGAGAAACUGAAUUUUUAUCUAAAUCAGCAAUGUUAUGAUCAGAAAACCACUUGCAAAGCGCUCCAGUCCCAGAUGCUGCUUCUUCCAUCGGCUGCCUACAGAAGGAUUGACUUAGGAACAUCUGUUUAAAAAAGCUUGGAAUAAUUUGUUUUUGUGCUAUUUUCACUUUAUUGGCAAAAAGUCAACAGCAGGGAUUACUUGUAUUAUCCACCGUUACGGUCCAGCUACAAUAGAUGUCCAGAAAUGGAGCGCAAUUAAUUACAUAAACAAUAGCAUUAUUGUGUACAGGUGAGUGUGCAUGUGCUGAAAAUUCAUUAGAAAUUUUGAAAGUUUGUUCAUUUCUAUUCAGCGUUGGCCUUUGUGAAUGCUUCACAUGUUUUGACAAGGCAUUAUUACGGAGUAUAAAAAGGAACUGUGUUUUUCCUGAACUCUCUGUGAGUAGUGACGAUAUCUUCAACUGUUUUCAUGCUGUGAUGCUAAAUGGAUAAAUUCUACAGUGAAAGACCAUAAUUAUUAGAUGAGACAUGUACAGUAGUGAGAUGUUUUAUCACGUUUUAAAUUAAUUGUAUUAUGAUUUUCCUCUUUCCUGCAUUUUCCUGCCUGCAAUUCACUUUCUAUUGAGUGUCUUUGCAGAAUGUGCAUGUCUUCCCUUAAGGGGAAAAGUUGAUUUGGAAAACAGUGUGGACAUUAAUUCAGUAUCAAUUAAAUGUAUUUGUACAGUGCUUUUAAUAAUACAUACUGUUUUUGUGUACAAUGUUAAUAAUUUAUGUCCAAAUAAAUAUGUUUAUUUGUA